UAUUCAUCUUCUGAAAAAGCCAAGACAUCGCGAUACUUUCGAUUGUUACGCGUUUAUAUAACUUGCGUAAAUUUUAAGUAAUUUCAACAGAGGUUCUAAGAUUGGUAAACUGUAAUCAUUUUGAGUGCAUACUAUGGAGGGCUUUGAGUAUGUCGUCAAUCCGCCGGUGAUGCCAAAAGUCGCAUUUGGCACUACAAUGCACCGUGAGGUGAUGCCUACAUCUGGCCCCUUUUUGGAUAGCUACAUGAGAGCUCAAUUGCCGGAGGGACGUCCACAUCCCAGUCCACUUGACUAUGAUUGUGCAAAGCCCAUUGGAUUCAAGUAUCCCUCCAAUGCUGGCUUCUCAGCUCUGGCCAAUAAGAUGCCUCGUCUGCCCGCUGUCCGAGAGCAGAUGAUUCCAGCCAUGGGCACCUAUGAGGUUCCACCAUGGAAACUUCGUGCUGGCUAUACCUUCGAUAGGCAAGUGGUGCCAGAUCCAAAGUUUGUGACCCCAGGCCCAUCCACAUAUUCGAUUCACAACAAAUAUCCAAAUUGGAAAAUGGAGACCGCCUUUGGAACAUGCCGCAUUCUCUGGCCAGCGGUUGCCAUCUUCUGUGGCCCUAAAAAUGUGGCUCAAUGCCUGAUCUGUCACCAGCGUCCUGUUGGCGAUUACUUUCACAGUUUUGCCGGCGAUAAGGAUAUGUGCCGGAAGUGCAUGCGUGCCGAAAUUACUGCCAUCAAGCAUUGUAGUCUUAGUGUUACGGAGCGCUAUAGAAAGAAUCGCGAGAUUAAACUUUUUGUGCCUGCAAGAUAUUGUGGAUUCUUCCACGAUCAUAACGGUACCAAUGCCGCCGUCGAGCUGACCUCCCGAAAGGAGCUGCGUGACAAAAUACGAGUAGAAAAUUAUUUGUAUCGCUUUGCAAGCAAAGUUGAAUAAGAACUUGGGCAAUUUAAAGAAGAAAGAUUCUAAAGUAAUAAUUACUUUCCCCCUAAAAACGAGUUAACGAGUAGAUAUUCAAGAUUUCAUUGUUUUUAUGUGUAAAUAACAAAAAUUUAGUAUGAUUAUCAGACUACGAGUAAAAUCUACAGUCCAGAAAGUGUACGAUUCAUCAUUAAAUAUAUAUUAUAUCAGAAUAUA